ACUAACCAUGCCGUGGCUAGUUAAAUGACGGGGACGGGGUCACGCCUUCGUUGCGUGCCUCCACCUCCCCCCCUCGGCGCCCCCAACGACAUGUUGUUACCGUGGCUGUGGCAGCCGGCCGGUCUCCUUCUCCAUCCAUAUGUACUGGCAGCAUCGUAUCACCUUUUUUUCUGCAGCGGUGAUCUCAUCUAGGCGUCGGUCAGAGCUCUCUCGAGCUCGCCAGCGGUGGUUGGUCGUCGUCGUCGUCGUCGUCGAUGGGGAGGCCGCCGUGCUGCGACAAGGCGAACGUGAAGAAGGGGCCGUGGACGCCGGAGGAGGACGCCAAGCUGCUGGCCUACACCUCCACCCAUGGCACCGGCAACUGGACCAACGUGCCCCAACGAGCAGGGCUCAAGAGGUGCGGCAAGAGCUGCAGGCUGAGGUACACCAACUACCUGCGUCCCAACCUGAAGCACGAGAACUUCACCCAGGAGGAGGAAGACCUCAUCGUCACCCUCCACGCCAUGCUCGGAAGCAGGUGGUCUCUGAUCGCGAACCAGCUGCCGGGAAGGACGGACAACGACGUGAAGAACUACUGGAACACGAAGCUGAGCAAGAAGCUGCGGCAGCGCGGGAUCGACCCCCUCACCCACCGCCCCAUCGCCGACCUCAUGCACAGCAUCGGCGCGCUGGCCAUCCGCCCGCCGCAGCCGGCGACCUCCCCUAACGGCUCCGCCGCCUACCUUCCUGCGCCGGCGCUCCCGCUCGUCCACGACGUCGCGUACCACGCCGCCGGAAUGCUGCCGCCGACGCCGGCGCCGCCCCGGCAGGUCGUCAUCGCGCGCGUGGAAGCGGACGCGCCCGCGUCGCCGACGGAGCACGGGCACGAGCUCAAGUGGAGCGACUUCCUCGCCGACGACGCCGCCGCCGCGGCGGCGGCCGCGGCCGAGGCGCAGCAGCAGCUGGCCGUUGUUGGGCAGUACCACCACGAGGCCAACGCCGGGAGCAGCAGCGCUGCGGCCGGCGGUAACGACGGUUGUGGCAUUGCCGUCGGCGGCGACGACGGCGCAGCGGCGUUCAUCGACGCCAUCCUGGACUGCGACAAGGAGACGGGGGUGGACCAGCUCAUCGCCGAGCUGCUGGCCGACCCGGCCUACUACGCGGGCUCCUCCUCCUCCUCCUCCUCCUCGUCCGGGAUGGGCUGGGCCGGCAUGGGCCUGCUGAACGCUGAUUAAUUAACUCAAGACUGCUUUAGUGUUUGCUAUACGUACUUACCAUCAAUUAGUAUGAUGGUCAAACCUUCCAACCGGAUCCAUUCAUAUGCUUGCACAACUCUGGGAGUCUGGGUGUUUUCGGAUUACAAAUUGUACGGAUAAUUGACGCCAUUUGUGCGUGUGUGUCUCAUUCAUUUUCC